CCCCCCGGCUUGUGCCAGUGAGUGUCUUCGCGGACGGCCAGUCGGUGCCGUAUCGUACCGACAACGAGCGUCGAUCUUCAAUUGCGAAACUCAUUCGAGCAAUCCACAAGGCAGAAACCUCAGUCAUGAAAAUCAAAACCAUCAGUCGCAGCGAGGCCGACUACACUCGCGAGCGAAGCCAGGAUAUCUACAAGGUGCAUCGGAACAUCGAUCCCGAGAUCCAUCCGUUCGAGAAGGCCCGAGAAUACACCCGCGCCUUGAAUGCGACCAAGGUCGAGAGGAUGUUUGCCAAGCCGUUCGUGGGUGCGCUAUCGGGCCACAUUGACGGCGUCUACUGCCUUGCCAAGCACCCGACCCACCUCACUACGAUUGUCUCUGGAAGCGCCGACGGAGAAAUCCGACUCUGGUCCCUGUCCAGCCGGGAGACAGUUUGGUCCACCCGCGGACAUGAAGGAUUUGUCCGUGGCCUCACCUGUGUGCCUUUCAGCGACAACUUCAUCUCUGUGGGCGAGGACAAGAUUGUCAAGAUCUGGGACCGCAGUGAAGAGGAGCCUCUGCAAACCUACAUCGCCAAAACUUCAUUCACAGGCGUUGACCAUCAUCGGUCGCAGCCGCUGUUUGCGACAUCCAGCUCCCAAAUCGAUCUAUGGGACCAUUCAAGGUCGCAACCAACCCAAACCUUCAACUGGGGUGCUGAAACCAUCACAUCGAUCAAGUUCAACCAGACCGAGCAGAGCGUGUUUGCGAGCUGCGGCACAGACAGAACGAUAGUUUUGUACGAUAUCCGGACCAACACCCCGCUAAAGAAGAUCAUCAUGGCGAUGCGCACCAACGCAAUCGCCUGGAACCCCAUGGAGGCAUUCAACUUUACUACCGCCAACGAAGACCACAACUGCUACACGUUCGAUAUGCGGAGACUCGAUUCGGCCAUCAAUGUGAUGAAAGAUCAUGUUUCGGCAGUGCUGGAUCUGGACUAUUCCCCGACAGGUCAAGAGAUUGUGACGGGCAGCUACGACAAGUCCAUCCGCAUCUUCAACGCUCAGAGUGGACACAGCCGCGAAAUCUACCACACCAAGCGCAUGCAAAAGAUCUUUUGCGUCAAGUUCAGCAUGGACGCCAGAUUUGUCCUCUCGGGUAGUGACGACGGCAACAUCCGUCUGUGGAAAGCCAAUGCCUCGGAGAAGCUCGCACCGAAAACACCACGCGAAGCCAAUGCGAUCAAGUACCAGAAGGCUAUUAAGGAGCGCUACAAGCACAUGCCUGAGAUCCGCAGAAUCGACAGGCAGCGGCAAGUCCCCAAGGCGGUCAAGAGUGCACGCAAAACCAAGCACGUCAUGGUGCAGUCUCAGGAGAAGAAGGAAGAGAACUUGCGGAAGCACAGCGCUCCCGGUGCUGUUCCGCACGUCGCCGAGCGAAAGAAGAACAUUCUUCGUGUCGAAAAAUAAAGACAGGUCCCUCGGGAGCUUGUAUCGGAUCGAAA